AUGGACUGUUCUAACGACUUGUUCGACCCGGAGAACAUUGCGGUGCACUGGAAGGCACACCCUGGAGAGAGGUCAGUAUAUGACGACCCAGAUGCGUUCGAGAUCAUCGGGCCUGGCCAGUCGCGCAGGCAGCUUGCCAGUCAAGACUCUGAAUCCACCAUCACGGAGUCGGAAGACAGUGGUUGCAGUCAAUCGUCCGUCGAUUCGACAAGUGACAGUCGUGUGUGGGUGGACGCCUACGGCAUCCCGGUGGAGGUUCACCACUACCGUCAGCUUGGGAAGCGAGACGAUGUCUGGGACAUCGCCCACGUGCUGUCGUCGCCGUAUGCGACUAGAUAUGACGAUGACGCUGGGCGCUUCACGCACGUGUGUGUGCUCUGUGCCCUAAGGCUGACUAGCCAUCGUAACGCCUCGGAGGACGCGUGGGAAGGCGCACUACGGAAGUUUAACCACACCUCGAACGUCAAGGACCACUUAGUGGCGAAACACAGCUCGCACCCGAUCGGCAAAGCGGAGGCGACCAAGCGAGUCAAGCGAGCGCGUCGACAACUCGAGGACGCGUGUAGCCAAGUGCCUGGCUCGAUGACAACCGACACGUCCAGCGUUGACCACUCUACAAAGGGAUCAAUGAAACAGGGAGUGCUGAAAAAGCUGUGGGGGCCGUCGAACAUGCAGCUCAGAGCAUAUAUUGCUAAGUGGCUGAUCAACGACGGUAAGCAUAUCACUGUUACGUAUUGUUAUGGCUACCUUACAACACUGUGA